AUGGCCAUGGAUGCCAAACAAAUCGAGGCUAAGGCCAAGGACCUAGGCAAGGCUGCGACAUCGAACGAGUCCUCAGCCGUGAUUCUGGGCCUGCUGAAGGAUAUCCAAACCGGCGUGCGCCCAACGGAAGAUCUGCUGCGAAAGACCCGCAUUGGUAUCCUUGUCAACAAGUUCAAGUCCAGCAAGAGCCCGGAGAUCGCGCGUCUCUCCAGCGAGAUUGUGUCCAAGUGGCGGACAGAAGUGAACAAGCAGAAACAAGGCGGAGGUUCAGCAGCUAGCCGUGGCUCCAGCGGCUCGCCCCGGCCAGGGCAGAACGGCACAGGAGCUUCAACCCCAGCCUCAGCCACACCGUCAGACAAGGCGUCAAAGCUGUCUGUGCCACCAGAUAAACGAACCUGGAAGGCGGAUAAGGUGGAAAUCAACCACAGUGGCAGCAAAGUGCGUGACAGCUGCACGGGUCUGAUGUAUGAUGGACUGUGCAUGGGCUCGACCGAGCCUCCCAAGACUAUUCUGGCUCGGGCUAUUGCCGUGGAAAUUGCUGCCUAUGACCAUCUCGGUCCUGAGACGAAGGAGCAAUACAAGACGAAGAUCCGCAGCUUGUUCCAGAAUCUGAAGAACAAGUCCAACCCUAAGCUGCGUGUGCGUGUGGUUUCUGGGGAGAUCACCGCUGAGCAAUUCGUGCGCAUGACCUCCGAUGAGCUGAAGUCUGUUGAGCAGCGUGAGGCUGAUGCCAAGCUUCGCAAGGAGAACAUGGACAAGGCUAUGGUUCCCCAGCAAGAACGCAGUAUCAGUCAGAGCUUGCAGUGCGGCAAGUGUGGUCAGCGAAAGGUGACCUACACCGAGGCUCAGACUCGCAGUGCUGAUGAACCGAUGACUCUGUUCUGUACGUGCACAAACUGCGGCAAGUCCUGGCGGCAGUGA